UUCCAAGAAUUCCUAGGAGCAAUACAGCAGUAAUCAUGAAGUGUAUCGUUGUCUUUAUCCUGACCCUUUUCGUGGCCAGUGGUUGGGGCCAGCCAUUGGAUAUGCCAGCCCAGUUGGACGCCCAGGUGCGCAGUGUUGUGGACGAGAUGACUGAGCUGGGCAAGUCAACCGGCGAGGCUUUGGUUCAUCAGUACGAGGAAAUUGUUCUGGAACCCCAUCAUGAGCUGGAGGAUGCCGUCGAUGCGGUGGAAGCUCGUCGUCAAGAGAGUCCCGAGUGUGUGGCCGCCGAGGACGAAGAAAUCACCCGCAUUGUAGAUGCCGCUCAUGAGGAAUUCCACUCGUGCGGCGUGGUGGCCGCCCAUACCUCUGCCGAGAUCGCCUCUGACGUCAAUGAGGCUACCCAGCAGUUGGUUUUCGGGGCCUACAAUCUUGGAGCCACCUACAACAAAUGCCAGGGCUAUAAGAACAGCGUGUUGAAGAGCACAUGUAUGGCUAAGUUCUACAUGCAGGGUACCAUCUACCUAGUCAGUGCCCGCUCUUCGAUCAAAACCAUCCGUAAGUCUACCAAUGAGCGCAUCCCGGCUGUUUUCGCUGACAGCAAUGUGUGCACCCACGACGCCUCUGCACAGGCAGUGUCCAGCCUCCAGAAGGUUAACAAUCACAUCGACGCCUGUGUCUCCCGACGCCGCUAACUCCUUACAGAAAGCCGUCUGAUUAUUGCAAAUAAAAGUGCCAAAAGCUACAA